GAGUAUUGGUUCAACCGGAAUAACAUUUCACGUGACUCGUGAAAACUUUACCCGCAGUAGCCAGCUGGAUGGGAGGAAAAGGAGUCGGGCGAAGAUAAACAUGAACAAGCUGAAGUCCUCACAGAAGGAUAAAAUUCGUCAGUUCAUGAUUUUUACACAAUCAAAUGAGAAGACUGCACUAACCUGUCUGGCACAGAACGACUGGAAACUAGAUGUUGCCACAGAUAAGUUUUUCCAAAAUCCAGAGCUCUAUGUUUCAAAUCUAAAGGGCACAUUUGACAAGAAGAAGCUUGAGCAGCUAUACAACAGAUACAGAGAUCCUCAUGAUGACAACAAAAUCGGCAUUGAUGGGAUCCAGCUGUUUUGUGACGACCUGGGUUUAGAUCCAGCCAGUAUAAGUGUCCUCCUCAUAGCCUGGAAGUUCAGGGCAGCAACACAGUGCGAGUUCUCAAAGCAGGAGUUCAUGGACGGCAUGGCUGAACAGGGGUGUGACAGUAUAGAGAAAUUAAAAGCUCAGCUGCCAAAGAUGGAGCAAGAGUUAAAGGACCAAGGGAAAUUUAAGGACUUUUACCAGUUUACAUUUAAUUUCGCAAAGAAUCCUGGCCAGAAAGGUUUGGAUUUAGAAAUGGCAAUCGCAUAUUGGAAUUUAGUACUGGGUGGAAGAUUUAAGUUUCUGGACUUGUGGAACAAAUUUUUAGUUGAGCAUCACAAAAGAUCAAUUCCUAAGGACACUUGGAACCUCUUACUAGACUUCAGCACAAUGAUUACAGAUGACAUGUCAAAUUAUGAUGAGGAAGGAGCAUGGCCUGUCCUGAUUGACGACUUUGUGGAGUUUGCACGACCACACAUAGGCACCAAAAGCACAGCAGUUUAAGGGCUGUCUGCUCUCACUGAGGGAACAGUCAUGUGAUAUUUCUACAUAACAGAGUGCUGUGAAUGGAGGACAAGGUGACCACAGUGAGCUGAGAACUAUGUUGCCUUUUCAAACCUCAGGACUCAAAUAUUUUACACAGCAGAGAAUUUAUGUGUGUGUGUGUGCGUGUGUGUGUGUGUGUGUGUGUGUACAUAUAUAAAAAAGGCAUAUCUCUUUGUUGGUCAUCUUGUGGUGGUUUGGAAUUGUAUCUAAAGUAUUGGGUGUUUUGUGUGCACUCAUGCCAACCAGAGAGGAGUCACCAUUGUAGCCCACAUCGUUUGUUAAUUUGGAAGGGCUCUGCUCAAAAGCAGGUCAGACAUGAAUGGCGAUCUAAACGCCAUGGGAUGUUGUUCUUUAAAAUAUGAAUUUUAAUACUUUUGUGUGCAUUCCUGAUUUUGUUUUUAUGACGCAUUUGUGUGACAAGUCAGUAUAGAACACUGAUUGUAAUUUUUUAAGCAUAAUGCAGUUUGUUUAAACACAAAUGUAUAAAGAUAAAAUAAAUGUUUCAAUUUGGUAUCUUUAAA